UCGCUCUUAAAGCAGUUUGCUGGAGUUGUUCCGCCUAAAACAAUUAAAAACACCCCAUAACUUAUAGAAUUUAUUUAAUUUACUGACCUUUUCAAACCAAAAACAGUGUGCAAAGAAAACUAUAUUAAAAUAUAACUCGGGAAAAAUGUCUUGAACUGGACCUUACAAUAAUUUCGUCUAAUAACUUAAUAAAAAUCAUAAUAUUUCAAAUGUAUGGAAUAAGUCACCUGUUCUAACGUAGCAGUGAAAAUGAAAGCGAAACAUUUACACAACUUGCAGGAAGGUGCCACAAAAUGCGGAACAUACAUAUAUACUUCACAUUACAUUCUGCAAGAGUAGUCAGGAGUGGGCUCCUUGGUUGUUUCUUGCUUUACAGCACGAGAUCAGUACCUACUUGAACGUUCAACGACUCCGCUAGUCUGAAGGCACAAGACAAAAACUAGUUCAUAAACAUUUAAUUUUGUUUACUCAAAAGUCUAGAAAUCAAUUCCAAGUUGUAUUUUAACCAACCUACUCUUACCUUGGAACAAAGUUCUCAACGAAAAUGUUUUCUUUAAAGCGGUCUUCUUAAAAACAAAAAAAAAUACAUAAAACUACAUGAAACUACAUAAAAUCCUCCUCUCAAAUCGUUUGAAUAAAUUAAGACGAACUUAGAAGAAUCGUUAAAGUUACGAUGUUUGGCGUUGGUUUGAAUAAUUUAAAAAUAAUUAACAAUAAACACUUAGUUCAAAAUAUGACUUACCACAGUGAUGAUGGUGUCUCCUCGAAGCCAAGUUUUAAUAAUCGAGAGAAGCCUUCCCCAGGGACGAAGGUCAAAGGCACAAAUAAAAAUAAAUUAAGUGAAAAUUUUGUUGCACCUGAUGGAGGCUGGGGUUGGUUGGUAGCCAUAGGCUCAGGAGUCAGCGUUCUUGUAACAUAUCCUGUCCUUAAACAAUUUGGAAUUCUGUUCAGAACAAAAUUCUCACAACUAGGAAUAUCAAGUUCAGAAUUGACAACAAUAAUAAAUGCUCAACAAGCAGUCGCAAUGUGCUCAGGACUCAUCAAUGGGCCGCUGUUUCGAAGGUUUACAAUUCGUCAAACAGCAGUGAUUGGAAACUUCUUUGUUUUUUCUGGCCUCUUUUUAGCUGCUUUUGCCAAUUCGUUUAUUACCCAUUUAAUAUCAAUAUCACUUUUGUAUGGAAUUGGAAGAGGUAUGAUGUUCUCCACAAUAAAUGUAGCUCUCUAUAGUUACUUUAAGACGAAACGUCAAGAAGCGACAGCUUAUAAAUUUUUAGUUGCUGGCAUUGGACCAAUAGUCUUGCCCUACGUUAUUACAUUUUGUGUGUCUUACUAUGGUGUCACUGGGGCUGUUAUAUUGCUAAGUGGUCUGUCUCUACAUAACUUAGUAUGCGCAGCUAUUUACCAGCCUGUCAAAUGGCAUGCUCGGAAAGUUCCUCGAGAUGUACCUUUACAAGUCCUUGUAAAAUCCAACGAAAAUAACGAUAAUUCGGAAUCUGAUGAAAGACCAAAUGUGUUUGACACUUGUAGGUUAGAGCUAAACGAUCAACAAAGCAAUACUAAUGGAAAUCUACAAAAUUUGACAGUAACGUCAAAUCCAAAUAGGAAAAAGUCCUUACCCGAAGAAGAAGAAUUGUUGAAGAAACUUCAUAACAAUCUGGACUGUCCAGAAGAAAAGUCGUCAAUUUUUAAGAAGCUCGUGGAUAUUUUUGAUUUAAGCCUACUCAAGGAUUUUGGAUAUGUCAAUAUUGUUAUGGGUCUUACCCUAAUGAACAUGAUCAACAUGAACUUCCAUUACUUGACACCAUUCAUUCUGACUGAAUUCGGUUUGAACUCACUUCAAAUUGCCACAGCAAUGACAGUAGAAGCAUUGUCAGCUUUUGCUGGAAAAAUCUUAUUAGUCCUAAUUGUGGGAAAAGUCAAAUGUGACAGCAAAAUUUGGCUUAUCGGUGGAUGUUUGGCACUGAAUUUGGGCAAAAUGAUAUUGGCUAUGAAUAGAAAUUAUAUUGUAGUUUUGGUUUGUUUUGGCUGGAUAGGAUUCAGUUAUUCGGUAUUCCUUAUUUUUUGGAUUCUUAUAAUGCCAAGUUAUGUUCCAUUAAAGAGGCUACCAGCAGCUAUUGGCUUACAGCGACUGAUAAUGGGAAUAAGUAAUUUUGUAAUUGGACCGUUUAUUGGUCUUGUUCGAGAUGCCAUUGGGUACUCUGGUGUAAUUCAUAUAAUGAACGCAAUUAUAGUUUUCGUUGUGAUCGCAUGGUUAAGUGAAGAUGUUAUAAAAAGAAGGCGUCACUUAAAAAAACAGAAUCAAACCGACGGACGAAAUCAGUUUUUGUUUAAAGAAUACAAUUUGAGAAACAUGAAGAAUAAAAAUUCAGUUCAAAAUAUCAAACGGCGAAAUAUUGAUGCUGAUGUUGACACCUCAAAGCCCGGUUUUAUUUAUCAAAAGACUCCAUCGUCGCCGCCGCCGGUCAAUGACGCAAAUAAAAGUGAAUUAAAUGACAAUUUUGUUGCACCUGAUGGAGGUUGGGGUUGGAUAGUUGCCAUUGCAUCAGGUAUUAGCAUACUUGUUACCUAUCCUAUUUUACAACAAUUUGAAAUAUUGUUCAGAAAAAAAUUCUCUCACAUAGGAAUAACUAGUUCAGAAUUAACAACAAUAAUAAAUGUACAACAAGCGGCAUCAAUGUGUUCAGGGCUCAUCAACGGUCCAUUAUUCCGCCGGUUUUCACAUCGUCAAGCUGCAGUGAUUGGAAAUAUCUUUGUAUUUUCUGGCCUCUUCUUGGCAGCGUUUGCGAAUUCAUUUAUCACAUAUUUAAUAUCUAUAUCCCUUCUGUAUGGAACUGGAAGAGGUAUUAUGUUCUCUACAAUGACAGUAGCUGUCAAUACUUACUUCAAGACGAAACGGCAAGAAGCUACUGCUUAUCAAUAUUCAGUUGCUGGCAUUGGACCUAUAGUCUUGCCGUUUAUUAUAACGUUUUGUGUUUCCUAUUAUGGUGUUACUGGAAGUGUUUUAUUGCUGAGUGCUUUCUCACUUCAUAAUUUUGUGUGUUCAGCUACCUACCAACCUGUCAAAUGGCAUAUUCGAAAAGUUUCUAAAGCCGUACCACUUCAGAAUCUAGAUCCUAACGAUGAUGAUAAUUCAGAUUGUGAUAAGACUACAAAUUUAUUUGCAACUUGUAAGCUUGAGCUUAAUGAUCAAACCUACAUAACUAAUGAAAAUCAGCAAAAUCUGACAGUUACAAGUAAGCCAAUUGACGACAUAAAGCCUUUACCAGAAGAAGAAGAAUUGCUGAAGAAACGUCAAGAUAAUACCAAACCUGAUAGUCCAAAAGAAAAACUAUCAAUUUUUCACAAGAUCGUGGAUAUAUUCGACUUAGCACUAUUGAAAGACUUCGGUUAUGUCAAUAUUGUUAUGGGUCUUACCUUGAUGAAUAUCAUCCAUAUGAACUUUCAUUACUUGACACCUUUCAUUUUGACUGAAUUUGGUUUGAACUCACAACAAAUUGCUGCAGCUAUGACCAUUGAAGCUGGAGUUGGUUUUGUCGGGAAAUUCCUCCUGGCCUUAAUUGUGCCUAGACUUAAAUGUGACAGCAAAAUAUGGCUUAUUGCUGGAUGUUUAUCAAUGAAUUUGGGAAGAAUUGCAUUGGUCUUUAAUAGAAAUUAUUUGGUAGUGCUUCUUUGUUUUGGUUGGAUAGGAUUUAGUUCGGCAAUAUUGUUGAUUUUUUGGAAUCUUGUACUGCCUAGUUAUGUUCCGUUGAAUAGGCUUCCAGCAGCGAUUGGCUUACAACGUUUGUUAAUGGGAAUAAGUAACUUGAUCAUUGGACCAUUUAUUGGUCUUAUGAGGGAUGCCACCAACUAUUCGUGUGUAAUUCACAUUAUGAAUGGAAUAAUUAUCAUUGUGACCAUUUCAUGGCUAAGUGAAGAUGUAAUAAGAAGAAGACGUAGCUUGAAGACACAAAGCAAUGCUUAGAGCAGCAAUUAGAUAUAUUUGUAUUAUUGGUUGUUAUUUUUUAAGUUAAAAAUAAAAAACAUUAUACUUUUUUAUUUGUAUCAG